UUCUCGUUCGUGAAGAAGAAAUAUUUUCUCAGCCCAUUGUGCAGAUGAGCAGAUCUCCAAUGAAAGUGCCAUUUGCCAAUAAACUUGUAUGCCUCCAGCUUCCCAGAGUCCUGGGUGCCCUUGUCUGUCUCCUGGGUGCCUGGACCUCUGGAGCUCAGAGUUCUGGAAUUCAGACUUCUCUGCAUGGGGUCAAGGGAGGUUCCAUCCUGUUUCACUUGAACAUAAGCUCAGGAGAAAAGAUCAAAAGCAUUGCAUGGAGCUUUGAAUCUAAACAGAGUCAUCAGAUUCUGUUCUAUUUUGUUCCUGAGGAUGAGUCUCUAACAUGGGAGGAUCUCGAGAACACAGAUGAGCGGAGAGUUCGUAUGACGUUUAACAUGACAUCCCUGAGGAUUGGGAAUCUCACCUUUGAGGAUCAUGGGUGCUAUAGAGCUCGAAUCCAAUAUUCUAAAGGAAUACUCUGGGAUCAAAGCUUUUUUCUCUUUGUUAAUGAGCCCAUCUUCCCUGAGAUCAAGGUACUCUCAAGUUUCCUGACGUCAGAUUGGUGCAACCUCACCUUAGCAUGUGAGGUCACGGGAGACACAAAGGAGGUGAUAGUGGCCUGGGAAAGUGGAGAUAUCCCUAACAUGCUACUACAGGAGGAGAGUCUAGGGCUGCUCUCUAACUUUAGUAUAGUGAAUCUGUCCCUGCCAUGGAGUGUCCAGGACUCCUCCCUCACCUGCAUAGCCAAGAACCCUGCAGAGCAGAAAAACUCCACGUUGAAACUUCGUGAUGCCUGUAAGAAUUCAAGCUGGCUCAUGUCAGAUCUCUCAAGGCCUCACUGGCCGAUUGGAAUUUUCCUUCUACUCAUAUUGUUGGGGAUCCUGGGGAUUGGACUGUGGAUCUGCAGAAGAAAAGAAAAGAAAGAAGUUAUGGAUUCUUCAAAGAAUCAGAGAGAUAGUGAUAUCAGCAUCCAAUAUGCAGUGCUGAACCCUGACAGGCCUCCUGAGGUCCAGAACCAGAGCCAAGAAGCUUGUGAGCAGCAGCCACCAGAGAGGAAUCUCCCCAUUACCAUUUACAGUGAGAUUCAGAAGAUGACCCGAUAAUGCUCAGGUGAAUUAAGUUGGCCACAUUGAUUAUACUCCUUUACUACUCUCCUGGCUCUGUUCCUGACUCUCUGGACUUCUCUACUAUGCCGAACAGUCUUCUCCCUCUGGAAGAUUCCUCCACCCAAAAGUUCUUCUCACCCUAGAAGAUCCUUCUACUUAAUGGUCCCCUUUUUUAAUUGGUGAAGUCCUUCUUCAUUUGAGAAAGUGCCCAAGCCAGCCACAAUCACUCUUUUACUUCUCACAAGACUCUAGAGGCUCCUGACACUUACAACUUAUCCACUGCCCCCCAAUAUUUCCUUUUCAGCUCUAUUUUAUUUCCCCACCCCAACUUAAUAGUAUUUUUUUCCAAUUACA